CGAGUCAUACGUGUUGCUAGAAAAAUCCCUAGAAAAAUGGGACCUUCCCGUAACGCGCGGUUCUACUCCAAAGUAUUUGUCCGGCUGUGACAUAUAUGAGUCUAUUGUGCAAGAAGUUCGCGUAAGCGAUGGAAGCUUCGAAGCGGAAGAAAGCGAGGUCAUGUUGCUGGAUUUAGAAUAUGCAAGAAGCGGGGAAUUGAUAAUUCUUUUGUCGAAUGCUCCAAGUUUAGAUCAAAUGGACUUUGAUGAAACCAUAAAUCCAUCUUAUUACUUGGUAGUGUUGAACACAUCUGAGCAAACGUCAGAUGGUGGACAAUAUAAGAUUGUUAG